ACCCAACCCCAAAAAAUCAUGAAAUGAUGCACUCGUAGAUUUAUGAAAGUAGGCAUAUCUGUUGAACUGAAAGACAAGAAGUUAAUUAAUAUUUCCUAGUACAAUUUUUCUCAGCCCUUUUUUCUCUCGUUUAGGAAAUAUCAGUGGCAAUGGGUAGAGUGAGAAAAGGUAAAAGAGUAAUAAGGAAAGAUCUAUGGAAUGCAGCAGGUGGAGUGGAUGCUGUGGUGCAAGAAUUUUUGCAGUUUCCAGAUCUUUCUGAAGGCAUAUGUUUCAGUUCUGAAAAUUGGUCAGCAAUGGCAGAUAGAUUAUUUGGAGACAAGUCUGAAGCAAAUAAAAAGUGGCUAAGGAUAGCGUGGAGCUAAAACAGGAAGAAAGUAAAAGACAGAGUUCUUCAGCAUCAGACACUGUUCUCAGGCGAUGAAGAAAUCAAUGUCUCAAGCUUAUUCAAAUUUUCUGUUCCCUCACAAGAUCAGUUCGUCCAAACUCCACAAGAAGAUGAUCCCACAGACGGCAAACAAUGCAGUCUAUUAAAAGAUCACUCACCAUUGAGUAAUUAUGAGGAUUUUGUUUCCAAUACACAUUGGGAAGAAAGACCUAAUGGAGACUUUGAGGAGCAUGGAGUCUGUUCUAUUUCUUCAGUUUCUGAUGAAAAGCAGACAGUAAAAAAACACUGGAGGCAAACUGCACGUAUUCCAAAAAUAUUUCAUAUCACAAUCAAAAGACAUUUGUGGAAAAAAAUGGCACCCAAAAGUGGUUCGUCAGGUCUCAGAACACCAUGGUGCCAUCUCCUCUACAAAAAGUUUUCAGAGAAGAACCCAAAUUGUACUCUGGCUUUUAAACGCCAUCAUGUAAAAAGUGAAAACACCAGAAAAAAGAAAUGUCCAUACUUGAGAAUAACUGCUGUUUGUAAAUUUUUGACAUGUAGAUGUAGAUACAUCUUUACAUUGAAGGAAAAACCAACUUCAAACUGUAAGACAGUGCAGUUUCGGGUGUGUAGGUUUGGGAACAUCAGACACCUCAGGAGUGAAAGUCAUUUCAGGAGAGCAAGUAAUGUCCGAAGGGGGAAAAUUGCUCAAAGUAUUCAUAAAGGUGUGAGCAAUGUGUAUUACCAUAGGCUACGCUCUACACCUACUCAGGAGUUGCUUGUUGGAAAUAUCAACAGAGUCUUGACCAAAAAUGUCCUGAAGGUGAUAUCUUCUGAAGUUAAAUCGUCCAGUCGGCUUCAUGAUAAUAUCAUCCUAGAACUCCUUUUAACACAGAAGAUCAUAAAGGAGGGUGAUACUGGGCAUUGCCUGUUCCCUGGAUAUGUUCAGCACUUACAAGUUGAUCCUUUUGGAGUGCAUCUGUACACAGAAACUGGGAUGGGAAUACUUGUGAAUCAUUUACGGAAGAAAAAAAAACCUACCCUGCACCUUGACGCCACUGGCAGUAUUGUGUCAAAGAUUCCUGGUCAAAGCAAGAGAGUGUUGUAUUAUAGCCUCACUCUGCCUGGACAUGGGUCAAAUGUGCCACCACUGCCAGUUGCAGAGAUGCUAACAAAUGACCAUUCUAUACCAGCCAUAUCUUUUUGGCUGUCACAAUUUGUGAGAACACUCACCAGCUGCACAUCAGUUAAGGUCUCAAAUGUUGAAACAGAUUUCAGUUGGGCCUUAAUUCAGGGAACACUGCUGGCAUUUAACAAGGAAAAUGUGGUAUCCUACCUGGACCGUGCUUAUGAAGUUCUUUUCAGAAAGAGGACAAGGAAAGAACUUCAGAUGUUCACGGUACUUCAUCUAUGCUCUGCACAUAUUUUGAAGGCCUUUGCAGAUAAUAUUUGUAAAUGUACCGAGGACAAAGGUCUUAAGGAGUUUGCCAUAUACUGUUUUGCACGCCUUCAGAACUGUGUGAGUAUGAGUGUGGCCACUGAAAUAUUCAAAAACAUCUGUGUCGUCUUCAGCACGCAGUCUGAGACUCCACAAGUACACGACAGCAUUCAACGUUUAAGUAAGCGCAUCAAAGCCAUUGAUUUGCCAGAGGUGGAAUUCCCUGUGAAAGAUGCUAUCAUGUAUGACACUGAUCACAAACUGGAAAAAUCCAUUAUCAGAAGGUCACCAUUUAUGACUUACUUCCGUGAUGUGCUGAAGAAUACCCAGAUAGUUGGAAAUGCUGAUGAAAACAUAUAUGGGUAUUUAUCCACUGUGGAGUGGAAUUCUACUUGGAGAUCUUGCAAGGUAUGCCUCUGACAAGAUGUGAAGAUGUGCUCUCUAUUGGCCUGAAAACAAGAGAGACCAAUUGCCAUGUGGUUUGGCAUCGUAAAGAAUAACAUUCUUAUGAAGAGAAGAUCCCUAAGGCCGGCAGAAUUUAUAAGAAUGAUGUAUGCAUCACUGCAAGGACGCUAUAGAGAGCAUAUAAUGCAGUUGGCUCUCCCUGAACAGCUGUUCACAAGGCCAAUUAAGAAAGCAGGCAUUGACCUCUCCCAAGAAGAAUGGGCAAAAAGGGAGACACGCAUAAAUAAAAAAUCUAAAUAUUUCAGCAUUCCUGAUCAGCUUCCUGGCCCAAAGGCAUGCAAGAAAGCCAAGCAAAAAGGAAAAAAAAACAUACAUCAUUAAAGGAAGAGAAAAAAGAAGAAAAACCAGUGUUGAAAGAAGAGAAGAAAGAAGAAAAAAAAACAAUGAAAGAUGAUAACUUGCAGGUCCAAGAUGCUGGGCUACUGUGCUCUCUGCAUCAAGAAAUCACAGCUGAUGAGGUGCAUGAGCUAUGGCAAAAAGAGCCAUGUGAAGUAGUGGUCGCAGUAGUUCCAUCAAAAGAGGGGACUGUACGUUAUACAUUGCGUCACAGAGAGUUCCUGACUUUGAAGCCCGACACUUGUAUCAUGGGAGAGGUGAUAGAGGCCUACAUUCAAGCUGUCUGCAACACAACAGGAGAAGGAAAAAGACUGUUCAACCUUAAUCAUUACACAACACAAAUAAUUUUGACCGGCAGCAGGGAGGAGGUUGCCAGAUGUAGCGUGAAAAGAGUGCACUUUGAUCAAUACCACGGAGUUGUUGGGUUUUUCAAUACAGGUGCACACUGGAAACUCAUAUGUCUGAAUGCUAUAAAAGAGAUCAUUUCUGUGCUGGACCCAAAUGGACACUGUGAAACUGAGGAUUCUGCAAGGGCAGCAAAGCGAUUCAGUGAAUUUUUCAAGAUGAGGCGAAUUCAGCAUGGCUUGGAAGACUGGGUGGACAUUAAAUGGAAGCCCAGCACAAUUGAACACACCAAGCAGACUGAUGGUAGCAGCUGUGGAGUUUUUGUUAUGAAGAUGGCUGCAGAAAUGGUGACAAGCUUUCCAGACCUGCCAGAUGAAAUCAUAGUUCCACCCUCCAAACCUAACAUCAGGGAGCUCCGGCUUCAGAUGGCACAAUUUCUUUUGAGCUCAACAGGAAACGAGAAACAGCAUGACACCACAAUGACUGAUCUGGGGAAGACUGACUGAGACACGGACUAAAUACACAAGACAAGCUAAGGGUAACAAGCAACAGGUGAGAACAAUCAGGCAGAAACAGGAGGUAACGAGGUGGGUGUGGCACACACGAGGAUUGUACGGAGCUGGGCGUGACAAUAGUGUGAUACUUUUCCUAUGUAUGUUGAAAAAGGCCUCCUACCAUCCUGCUCUUGUGAUCAAUUCUAGAGAAGAAUAGGCCAAUUCACACUCUUGGUGGUGCCGUGGAUUAGCCUUUUAGGCAUGUGCAGACCAUACUGGAACCCACUGACUGAAUUGCCCUCUUCUUGAGGAGUGUUACGUAGUGUGUCCUUCUUCCUAUGGCUACUUUGGAUCACCAUACAUCUUCUCAAGUUUAUGUAGGUUAUAUAUUGCCUUUAUGCACAGUAUGCUUGCUUCUGUUUCUGGAAAAUCCUUAGGUUAGUCCUAUGUAGCCCAUGAUUUAGUUGUACAUGUUUUAAACUCUCGUGUCUCAUCUCUGGCAUGGGGGAACUAUAACACUGAUGCUGGUUGCAUGUGUAGAAGUGCACCUAUGAAGAUUAUAAAAAUGAAAGAGAACAUUGAAUGUUUCUGAUGUCUUAUGAUUGUAUUAACAUUGUUCUCAUUGAUUCAGUUCCAAUGAGAGACCUAUGUUCG